AAAUUACUUAAUGAUAUCGUCUUGUGGGGAAUAAAAGUUUAUUAACGUAGGUUCAGUCGGUAAUGUUGGUAAAGAAAAUUGAAGUCGACGUAACAACAUGUGAAACAUUUCAAGUGAGAAAAUUCGUAUGGGACGAUCAUUUGGUAACAGAGAAAAAAUAUGAUACAGUAACACAUAAUUAGCAUGCAAAAGAUAAAGCUUAAUUCGUCGGUCGAUAUUAUUCCUCUUCGACGCUUAAGUGCUAAGAAUACCGCCGAUACUGAAUCUAUGAACACAAAUACAGUUAAGGAAACUUCAAAUAGGAUCCGUUGUGAUCCUCUCAUCGCUUCAAGAGUACAUCAAUAUCUGGCUGCUAACGUGGAAAAGGUAUAUAUUGAAGUAAACGAAGUAGUAACUUACUUACAAAAGAGGUAUCGCGAAUAUAAAAAGAGAAACCAGGGAGCCCUUAGGGUUAUGGUUCGAAAGGCGUACGAUGAAAUAUCAAGAAAUUAUGAGAGGAAGUCUACUGUAAUGGAACAUUAUGACGACAAUGAUGAUUAUGAGCCAAACUCACACAGGAUGGAUACUAGAUUUAACAAUCAGAUGGUACAAAUUUAUAAAAAAGGCAAUCCUAAUGGCAAUUCUUGUGACAGAGAAGUUGUGGAUAUCAGCGGUGAUGAUGAUCCAAGUGAUACAGAGGUUGUUGCUUCAAAGAAACCAUGGGAGCUACCAAUGUUAUCAAAUGAAUCCCAGAAAAAAUCUGUGAAGGAAGUAACGACAUUUCCACUACCUCCGCCAACACCAUCGCCUGUAGAGAAGCAAAUCAAGAAAAGGCUACGAGUGGAGGAUGGAGAUAGUCCACAAUUUUCCAUAAAAAAGAGAAAACGCGAGGUUCUUGUAACUGAGGCAAAGAUUAAAUUUGAAAAUAUCGCUGGUUGUGCAAAAGUCCUUGAAACGAUCUGCAAACUUCUAGUACACAUAAAGCAUCCAGAAGUAUUUAAGCAACUUGGUAUAUCAUCUCCAAGAGGAUUUUUACUUCAUGGACCACCAGGAUGUGGAAAAACAUUAUUAGGCUAUGCAAUCGCUGGGGAAUUGGAAAUUCCGCUACUGAAAGUUGCUGGUCCUGAACUUGUCGGGGGUAUAUCGGGUGAAAGCGAAGCACGCAUUAGAGAACUUUUUGAUCAAGCAAUCGCUAUUGCCCCCUGUGUACUUUUUCUCGAUGAGAUUGAUACUUUAGCCCCACACAGAGCAAAUGCCCAGAGAGAAAUGGAAAGACGAAUAGUUGCGCAACUCCUAUCUUGCAUGGAUGAAUUGAGUUUAAAAGAAAACGGUGAUAGAGUGUUAGUUGUUGGAGCAACAAAUAGUCCAGAUUUCUUAGAUCCUGCUCUACGUCGUGCUGGCCGCUUCGAUCGAGAAGUUUCUCUAGGCAUUCCAGAUCGUAACUCCCGGAUGGAAAUUUUAAAAUUGCAUACACAGGCAUUGGCUCUCGCAGGAGAUGUUAAUUUGGCCAAAAUAUCUGAGCUUACGCCAGGAUUUGUCGGUGCUGACUUAGUUUCGCUAAUCCGAGAGGCAGCUAUAUUUGCCGUGAAUAGAAUUUUCGAGGACUUACAAAAAAAAGAUACGGAAGACAAAAUAUCAAUUGAAGUAGAAGAAACUACUGUAAUAAACGACAAAGGAAACGUAGAAGAUAUAGAAAAUGAAGUUAUCUGUACUCCUGCAAGUCCAAUACCGUCGACGUCUGUUCAGUCUCAUAUAACCCUCGAUGACGACGAUGACAUGAUAGAUAAUAAUGUAAAAGCAGAGAGCAACUCCAUGAAAACAGAUAACACUCCAAUAGAUACACCAGUGGAUGAGCUUUCUGGUUUAUUAACAUGGCUUCGUGAGGAACCACCACUUUCGCCAAAACAUUUGGCGAAUCUUUUCAUUAAUCACAAGGAUUUCGAAGAUGCUCUUCAUGUUGUACAACCAUCAGCAAAAAGAGAAGGAUUUGCUACAGUACCAGAUGUUACAUGGGAUGAUGUUGGUUCCCUCGGUGAUAUACGUCAAGAAUUACAAAUGACGAUAUUAGCUCCCGUAAGACAUUCCGAACAUUUCGCAGCUCUGGGGUUAACUACGCCAACGGGGGUACUUUUAUGCGGUCCACCGGGAUGCGGAAAGACGUUGCUGGCAAAAGCAAUUGCCAACGAGGCUGGAAUUAAUUUUAUCUCUGUCAAAGGUCCCGAGCUGCUCAAUAUGUAUGUGGGAGAGAGUGAAAAAGCUGUCCGCCAAUGUUUUUUGCGCGCAAGAAACUCAGCACCUUGCGUCAUAUUUUUUGACGAGCUGGAUGCACUUUGUCCAAAGAGGUCAGAGGGAGAUACGAGUGCAACUUCACGAGUUGUCAAUCAAAUGCUAACAGAAAUGGAUGGUGUUGAAGGAAGAAAAGGUGUCUUCCUGAUGGCUGCCACUAAUCGGCCGGAUAUUAUAGAUCCCGCGGUUCUUAGGCCAGGUCGCCUUGACAAAAUCAUUUAUGUAGGAUUACCUACAGCUUCAGAUCGUAUUGAUAUUCUCAAAGCUUUAACAAAGAAUGGAACGAAACCCAAACUGGCGGAUGAUGUUAGCCUGGAAGACAUAGGAAAUAAUGAUAAAUGCGCAGGUUACACAGGAGCUGAUUUAGCCGCAUUAGUAAGACAAGCAGGAGUGGAAGCUUUGCGUGAAUCUAUGACAGGUCCUCCAGGUUCAGUAGAAGUUUCUAUGAGACACGUUAAUACUGCUUUUACUAAAGUGCGGCCAUCUGUUCUGAAAAAGGAAAUUGGGACUUACGAGAAAUUUCAAAAAACAUAUUCCACUACUAUAAAGAAUCUAGAAAUCACCCCAAUGGAAACUCCUGCGGAGGCUGGCUUAACAGACGCAAUCGUGGAAGUGAUGGAAACGUGAUUCAAAUAUACGAUGCUCAUAAAUAUUCUUUAUUUUUAAACUUAGAUGUAUCGACAAUUCCUUAUUAAUCAGUUCGUAUAUCUUAAUAUAAUUAGCUUAGGUUACUUUUAAAACUCAUUCUCUAUUCGCCGUAAGUAUGCAUCAAUAUUUUACAAACGCUUUGUUUUGG